AGCUGAGGAGUUUGAGUUUCUACAGCCCAAAGCUUGGACCAGUACAGGCAGAGCGGCGCGCGCUGCCCGGAUCAGCACCAUGGAGAGCUCGAGCGUGCGGGGCGCACUACUGCUGCUGCUGCUGCUCAGCGCGAGCGCACAGGACACGGACACCACGGACAACGAACUGGAGCUGGACACCAGAGCCAUCCGAGACUUUUACCCUAAAGACCCCAACCUGACCAGCGAAAAACAACUGCUUGGUGCUCUUCAUGAAGUCCUUGAGAAGCUGCAGACCAAAAGAAUUCCACCUUGGGAGAAGAAAUUUGGACAGGUUCCCAUGUGUGAUGUUGGAGAGCAGUGUGCGGUGAGGAAAGGCUCGCGCAUUGGGAAGAUGUGCGACUGUCCCCGGGGAGCCUUCUGCAACUUCUUCCUGCUCAAGUGCUUGUGAGGGGGCAAAGCAUUUCCAGGGUCUUCGGGGGGGAGGGGGAGAUCACACACACACCGUCCAAAAGUAUCAAAGUCAUUUGUAUAGAUAUUUUUUUAAGUGCAAGAAUUCACUAAAGAAACGUUUCUGUAAAGUUCUGUUCAUGUGUUAAAGCGCUGCACGUCUGUAAUAAUGUCAGUAAAAUGUAACAUAAAUGUUUGUGAAUUAAAGUGACCCAUUAUGUCUUUUUGUAAA